GCUCUUCUGACCAUGAGUGCCGACCUCUCCUCUUGCUUCGAUCUGACAAUUCUAUCUCCAAGUUCACAAAGAAGACUGGCACUUCCACCACGCCAACACUCAUUUUUUACACCCUCGCCCCACUCAACCAACGCAUAUUUUCGGUUCGAUCGGACACUGGACUCGACAGUCUGUCGCGCGAGUACCAGAAACCCGUUUAAGACUCGACGGCUUCUCUAUCCACCCCCUGUCGACCCAGCGUCCUCCAACACAAACCUUACCUCAACAUGUCUUCUUCGCGGCAACACAAUGGCAAGGGUGCGAAGACACGCCUCAUGUCAGAAAUGAAGGAACUCGACAAGGAGAAGUGGGUAAACAUUGACGUUGUUAACGACAACAUUCUACGGUGGCGGGUUGGUCUCAUCGUGGUCAACCCCGAGAGUGCCUUCAAUGGCGGUUAUUUCAAGGCGGAGAUGACUUUCACCGACGAAUACCCCUACGAGCCCCCCACCUUCCGUUUUCUGAUCCCCAUAUACCACCCCAACAUUUAUCCCGACGGCAAGCUCUGCAUAUCAAUUCUGCACACACCGGGCGAGGACAUCAUGUCGGGCGAACAGGCAAGCGAGCGUUGGACACCACUGCAAGGCGUCGAAUCCGUCCUUCGAUCCGUCCUGCUUCUCCUGGACGAUCCAGAGAUCAACUCGCCCGCAAACGUAGACGCAGGCGUCAUGUUUCGGGAUGAUCGAUUUGCAUACAACAAGCGUGCGGCAGAGAUUGUAGAGAAGUCCAAGAAGGAUGUCCCCGAGGGCUUCAUCAUGCCCACAACUCUCGUUGAUGCCCCGCCGCCUAAGGUUGUGGAUGAUGAUGCUGCCUUCUGGGAUGAGAGCGACGAAGAACUCGACUUCGGAGGCAGCGAUACUGGUGAUGAUGAAGAUAUGGCCGACUUCGAUGAGGACGGCGAAGAUGAAGACGGGGCUAGCGAAGACGAAGAGUCCCCAGCUUAGAGGACGACUAUCGUCACUCAUCAUGACGUCACAGCCCACUCGCAACGCGAACUUGGGCGGCCAUUUUCUAAUAUCAGUACCUAUAAACUUGCAUAGCGUCGGACGACCGGCGUUUACGGAUUUUGUUUCUUCCACCUGGUGGUUGGAGAAUCUUGACAUGUCCUUAUCAUUUGGACAUUUUGCUUUGGGACUGGGCUAUUUCCUAAGCUUCGCUGAGGAUGCAUUCGAUCUCGGACACAUAUGCCCCGGCAUGCUUCACCAAGGAGGAUGAUCUCGGAUACACAUAUCGCACUGGAAGGGCGGAGGUGGCCGGUUCGGUAUGCAGGACUAGCAGUUAUACAAUGUUUAUAGGGAUAUCACUCACGUAAUCAACAUUACUUACCAACACUACAAGUAUCUGAGGACGUUAUGGUCUGAUGCACAUCCCACUGGACGACGGGAAUUGAUGUCUGGAUUGCGAAUAACGUUGGCAUGAUUAUGC